AUGGGGUGGAAGAAUAUUACAAGACCGAUGCCUAACGUUCCGCUAGCCCCCGUGCCGCUUCCCGGGCCUGGUGCGGCGCGGAAUGGCGCGGAGAUCGUGAGGCAGUUGACAGGGCUGUCUCGGUCGAGUAUGAGUGGUGACCGAGCUACGAAAUUGAAGCUUGUCAAGGUCAUUGAGCUCGAAGGGGAGUUAUGGGAGCCAGAGGGAAUUGUAAGGCUUGCGAGUGGCGAUAGGUUUUGGGUCUCGGCGGGGGAGUACACCGUCCCGACGGAGAAGUACCCUGACGACAAAUGGAUUGAUGGGACUGAUCGGAGCGCAGGCGCGGGGUUUGCGCAUUUUGUGGUGUUUGAUGGGCGCGGGAGACGUGUUGGGGACUGGGUUGCUUCCAAGGAAGGGGAGUUGGAGUAUCACAACGGCGGGAUAGAUUUUGACGGGCGACACGUCUGGGCUACGCUCGCGCAGUACCGGCCGAAUUCGACGGCGUCGGUGGUGAGGGUUGAUCCGGUCAGUAUGGAGAUGAAGAGGGUCUUUAAGGUGGCAGAUCAUCAGGGUGGGAUCGUGCAUGAUGUCCAUACUGGGACAUUGAUAACCUUGGGAUGGGGUGGGAGGAUUGCGAGGGCUCUGCUUGGCAAACGGGGUGAAGCUGAUUACGAUGAGGAAUUCGACGAACCUCAGACGACAAUCGUGAAUCCUUCGCACUGGAUAGAUUACCAAGACUGCAAAUCUCUCGGUACUGUCGACGGGAGACAUCUUAUGCUCUGCUCCGGUAUCGCGAUGCUGGCGCCGGGAGUGGAAGUAGGUGGGCUGGCGAUUGUUGACGUGGGAGGGAUGUUUCCCUUAUGGGAGCUACCGUUUAUGGAGAGGACAGGGGCUAGCCUGUUAAUGACAAAGAACCCGAUGGAUGUUGCUGUCAUUGGGGGAAGGGUGAGAUUGUAUUUUGCGCCUGAGGAGGGCAGGAGUAGAAUUUUUAUCUAUGAGGUCUGUGAGGGGUGA